CCUCGAGCUCGGCUGCUUCCUCGAGCUCGGCGUCCGUCGUCUUUGUCUGCUCAGCCGCGCUUCCGUCGCCGUUUGUUUGCCGUUCUCGUUCGCGUCUUCGUUCAGCUGUCGUCUUCGUUCGCGUUCUUCGCCGUUCACGUUCGCUCGGCGUUCACUGUUCGCGUUCACUCGCUGUUCACCGUUCGAGUUCGCAUUCGUGUUCGUCUGAAAGCCACGUUGCUCUGCUUCAAACACUACGACCAACCCGCGGGCUCCACCUAGCCGUCGAACUGCUCUCUUUUGUCGCCGCCUUUUCCGGUUGAAUUACGGUUAGACCGGUUGGACCAAUAAACCAAUGAAACAGUGACUAAAAUGGUUUGAUGACUGGUCCGGUUUUCAGAACCUUGAUCACAACACAGUCACAUCAUCACUGCAGCCUCUGCCUUUCGGUCAGACUUUGUCGUUGGUCAUCCAAAAACACAAAAUUGGCUGUACGUGGUUGUGAUUGAGUAGAUGAAGAAUGAACGUAAUUAGGCAGAGAUUGAUGCACACGCUUCGGCGCGAUGGCCCAACAGAAACACUGAAGAAGGCAUUGGAAUUGGAGAAGAAGAGGAAGACAAGGAAGCCCAAGAGCAAGGAACAGUUCAUCGUCCAAGUCCCUGAAAACUUGUCGUACCUCGACACCGCCACCAUGCCCAUGGUUGUCGCCGCCGUUGGCAUCGUAGUCUUUGCCAAGCUCCUCAUGAUGUAUGAUGAAUCAAGGGCCCAGGAGUUGCUGGAGCGGAAGAUCAAGCAUGCUCCAGCUGGUCAGGGAAGUGUGAGAAUGCUGAGCCUCGAGGAGUGGGACAAGGUUCGAGAACUCCGACCUAGGACCCCGUUUGAGUCCAAGCUUGCCCGCCCUAAUGCGAGAAUCAGAACUGGAGAACCCUUGCGUCUUGAGGACUUGAAGGAUUGGACAAUUGAUGUUCUCAUGGAUGGUGUUACUAGAGCUGAAGAGUGUGGGAAACACGGUUCUUUAUAACUUCUCCUGGGUUUUAAGCUUGUCUUCUGUAAUCGCCCUUUCUUUUGUUCAAUCUCCAUUAGCCUGACACCGAGUUGAUCCUUUAAAUUUUAUACUGUAUUUCAGCCCCCUAUGCCAAACACAUAUUUGAUAUAAAGAGUGGUUUAUGCUCUGUUGUGAUGGCAUAAAAUUGUCGCAAUUCAUAAUAACUACUUUAGCUAUCUUCCUUUUUACCCAGGAAAAUUGCAUAGAAUUGUUUGGUAAAUAUGAAUUAUUGAGGGGAAAAUUGCAUAAAAUUGUCGCA